AUGGCGUACCUUAAUAGCGUGAGCAAGGAGCCCAUGCGAGAUGACCCCAACCACCACUUGACGCAUCGCGCCUCCAACAUUUCCGCCCUCAGCGACUUCGACUCGAAUCCCUACGAUGCGCCCGUUCACACCUUGAUUCCCCGCGAGUCGAUGGUCUCUCUGGACUCCCGGAGAGGCCAAUACACCAGCGCGGAAACAUAUGGCAGUUCCUACAGCCCUCACACUACCCCUCCGACGCCCUCAUGGACGGGAUCCUGGACCAACCAGUAUGGGUCGGGCUAUUCGCCCGUCGUGGAUUCAAAUGGACAGCCCUUUCGGUCCGCUUCUAAGAAGCUCGGGCGAAAAACGAGCCUGGUCUCGCACUUGAAGCGCUCAGCACCGCAGACCAUUGACGAGGAGGAGUAUGACCUGUCGCUUCUGGGUUCGGCAGCACCUAUGGGGUCUGCAACCGUGCAGCACGACACCAUCCACGAGGAGGGGCCUGUUUUCGACCUUACGGCGUCGCUAGGUCCGAUGAGCCCCCACGACGAGGAAUUCGUCCAGAUGCUCCAGAAGCAGGAGGCCCAGGGGCAGCUCACGGGCGGGAUUGGCGAGGGCUUCAAGCCCGAGGUCGUUGUCCGGGACACAGAGCUCCUGCCACAGACAACUACGGCCCAGCGCAGCUUCUCCCAGUCGUUCUCCAGUAGGAUGAGCCGAAUGACGAGCAGGCGGCUUGGCCGGUCCGAAAGCAUUAGGGCCGCGGGCCAGGACCGUGCCAAUAAGCGGGGGGAAGUCAUACAAGUAAUCAUGGAGGAAGACGGCGCUGGAGAUGGAGACGGAGACGGAGCUGUGGCCGGAGCCGACUUGAGCUCCAUGGAGGGACCGAUAGGGAUAGCACCUGUUGACUCCCGCCGAUCUACUCUCUAUGAUCAAAAUGGACAAACUCGGGUCUUCUAUCCACAGCCGAAUUGGAAACCAUUUCCGAUGUGCUGGCCGUGGUUGAUGAUGCUGGUGUUCCUCUCGGUAGGCCUUGCGGCUAUGCAAGAGGUGCUCUACCAGAAGUACAACAAGUCCAACCCCCUAGUCAGCUUUGACUCCCCUGAAAAGGUCCCCGGCUGGCUCUAUAUUAUGAUUAAGUUUGGGCCCACGCUGAUAGCAGUCAUUUAUGGCGUUCUGUGGCAAUUUACAGACUUUGAAGUGAGGCGGUUGGAGGCGUACUAUCAAAUGUCCAAGCCAGAGGGCGCAUUGGCAGCCGAGUCUAUCAAUGUCGACUACGUGACGAGUUUCAGCUUCUGGCGCCCAUUCCGUGCUCUCAAGGUUGGUCACUACGCAGUCGCGUUGUCGUCGGUGUCGGCUACGUUUGCUGCCUCGCUGGUGCCGACCUUUGCUUCAGCGUCGCUGGUCCUGACUCCUGACCGGCGUCAACGAAUAGCUCACCCUGAAACAGAGAAGAUAAUUGCCUUUUCGCCGGUUUGGUCGCGACUUCUCACAUCAGUUCUCGGCGUCUGUGCAGUCGGUGCAUGUAUACUCUUCUACAUACUCCAAAGACGACGUUCGGGCUUGAGCGCGGAUGUCCAGGGAAUCGCGGGCUUGGCUUCCAUGGCUGUCGUGAGCCAUAUUUUGAUGGAUUUCAAGGACAUGGACACUGCAACCCCGAAGGAUAUACACCAUAAACUCAAACAUCACAGAUAUAUUCUUCGCAACUCGUCCCUUGCCCCGGAUGUUGAUAAUCCUCCGAGCAGCCAGGAGAGAGACAAAUAUCGAGAUAUUCAUCUCUCCAACAACCCCCACCCUCUGAGUCUUCGCCCGGCAGGGGGUGUCCCCUUCAUCAUCGGCCUGUUGCUCUUCAUGGGAUUUGUUCCUGCCUUCUUGUUCUCGGCUGCUGAUAUAGUUACGGAUAAAGCCCCCUGGGCUGUCACUGCAUUGGCCGUCUGUCUCAAGUUAUCAUGGAAUGCCAUGGACACGGCAGUUCGCAUGAUGGAACCCUAUUAUAUACUCUCACGACGACACGCGCACCCUAAAACCCUGACUUUGGAUUACACCGCCUUACCCUUCGGAUACCUUCCGUUGAGGGCAUUGUUCAAUGGCCAUUUGCUCAUGUUCUUCGUUGGAAGUGGCUCUGUCAUGGCCGAGUUCUUGACAGUCCUGGUGACUGGUCUAGCUACGGUCGAUGGCCGGGGCUUCUUGAACGGAAUGAUGACCUCGGGCCGGGAUGAGGCUGUCAAGAGUGGUCUAGAAACCAUCCGCUCGUUCUACUUCCUGUUCGGCCUGACAAUGUUCACCCUGCUCUACAUGACCAUUGUUGCGACGAUCGUUUUCGUGCGCAGGCGGCACCCCUUCCUCCCCCGACAGCCCAACACCAUCGCGUCCACACUGGCCUUCAUCCACCAGAGCAAGAUGCUGUACACGUUCGUGGGCACGUCGAAGUUUAGCGCCGCGCAAAUGGCCAAGAAACUCGAUAUGGAUGUGACGUACGGGCUGGGCUGGUUCAUCGGGAGAGAUGGGCAGACUCACUGCGGCGUGGACCAGGAGGAGCUGCUGACGAAUUACAAGCACGGAGUGGACGUAUCUAAGAGAAACGAGCCGUGGAAUACACAAUGGGAUGUCCUGUGA